AUGUUGGCCCUUCUGGAAGGCAGACACCUGAUGGAGCUGCGGUCUUCCCAGCCUGUGGGGAUAAACUCCACUGAUUGGUUCACACUCUUCAGACUGAGUACUGAUAGAUUGACCCUCCCCAGCCUGCGGGGCUAAACUCUUAACUCUGGGGAUCAUUAAAUGUGUCUGGGAGUCUGCAUAGAGAGUCUUAAUAAGUCAUUGAUGACAUAAACCACCAUGACAGCUCUAAUAGACUUUGCUGCUGGAGAGUUCAGCUAGUUGCUCUGUCUCAACUUCAUAUUGUCAGAUCACUGCAUCGCUUUAUUUGAGUAAGCGUUAGCCUCUGUCUCGACUAUCGCUAUUAGAAAUCCUCCCCUUCUUUGGUGCGCUUCAGUAGACUGAAUUUCAACAGGUACGACUGUAUGAACCGCUUCCUGUGUGGUCUCAGGGAGAAGAAUGUUUGACUGUCUUCAGAGAAUCUCCACUUGAAUGCUGUUUUUUAGUAUUAGUGUGUUUACUUUGACCUGUGAGAAAUCAAUUUUUUUGUUGGCUCUCCGUCUCUUCUGUAAAUAUUGAAUAUGUCAAGCAGCCCACUUUAGAACACCUUACUGAACACACAGUACUUUUCUGUCCUGACAAUAACACAGCUGACCAUGUGGCUGGCGAUCAAAUCAAACAGCUUUAUUGACAAGAUACCUGAGAAAGAUUACAGACUUCUGUACAAAAGAUCUCACACCCUUGACUCAUCAAACUGUGGUAAAUACAGGCAAAGUGCAGCGUUACUGGAGGCAACUCUUCUGGUUGAUGCCUUGCAGUCAUUUUGUGGAAAAAUACUCAACAUGACAUGUUUGCAUUUUGGUAACCUGUACUUCAAUUCACAUGUGACCCUCUUAUUUAUCUUGAUCCAGUAUCUCUGAUACAUAUGGCUUGGUUCCCUUACUACCUUGAUGCCACAUGUAAAGCUGAACAAAAAUGGAAGUUGCAAAAACAAAGAUGAAUUAGUCCUAAAUGUUGGUUUUUGUUUACAGGGAAGGCAUAUCCCCCAGAGUUCUACUACGACACGUACAGUCCUCUGUGGCAGAACCGGCCUACAGUCUACGGCUUCAAACUGCAAUGGACCCAGAUGAACCCCAACGCUGUGGACCGCAUUGUGGCCUACCGCCUCGGCAUACGACAGGUAGGUGUGUGCAUGCGUGGUCCUCUGUAGCUCAAUUGGUAGAGCAUGGCGCUUGUAACGCCAGGGUAGAGGGUUCGAUCCCCAGGACCACCCAUACGUAAAAAUGUAUGCGCACAUGACUGUAAGUCGCUUUGACUAAAAGCGUCUGCUAAAUGGCAUAUUAUUAUUAUUAUGUGGGUGUGCACUCUAACCCUAAACCUGGAUGUAAAAAGGCCUUACAUAUGACAGAAAAGUGACAUGAUAGAGGGAAUAUCAGAAUAACCAGUCAGGGACUUAGAGGCUCUGUAGAUAUUCCCAACCCAUAUUCUAUGCAUUGCUUGCUUGUUAUUGUUCACGUGGACUGCUCCAUCGGCCCAGUGGAGAGAGAAAACAUGUGGAGAAAGGAGUGGCAGCCAUUGGUCCUUUUUACCUGCAGAUGAAGGAAAGGCUUCAGAUGACAGGCAGUCAGCAUUGAUUUAUGGUUUGCCUAGGCUACUUUAAGAAUGUCAAUCUCUCUCUCCUUCCCUCUACCGCUGAUCCAUUUACAUUUUAGUCAUUUAGCAGACACUCUUAUCCAGAGCGACUUACAGUUAGUGAGUGCAUACAUUAUUAUUUUUUAUAUAUAUUUUUCAUACUGGCCCCCCGUGGGAAUCGAACCCACAACCCUGGCGUUGCAAACGCCAUGCUCUACCAACUGAGCUACAUCCCUGCAGGCCAUUCCCUCCCCUACCCUGGACGACGCUGGGCCAAUUGUGCGCCACCCCAUGGGUCUCCCGGUCACGGCCGGCUACGAUAGAGCCUGGAUUCGAACCAGGAUCUCUAGUGGCACAGCUAGCACUGCGAUGCAGUGCCUUAGACCACUGCGCCACUUGGGAGUAGUGAUCCCUCCUCUCUCUUUUUCUCUCUUUUCUCACUGUCUGACACUUCCUACAUUAUAGUGAAAGACAAUAGUCCCCCAUCUAGCUUUUUCAACAGCAACUGUUUCGUCACCCAAUUGUAUUACAUUAACAUGUUGGUAGCGUCAUUAAGCUGAGGCUUGAUGCCACUUUAUGUGGUCUCUUUCGUUGUACCCAUAACCCCCUACUGUGACAAUGUGGCACCCUCCCUUUGGUCACAGCAGGCAUUGACUUUCAGAACAUACAGAAAUAUAAUGUAGAAAUGUACGCUACUGUAGGUCUCUGCAUGGGCCUGUCUGUCUGUUGACGGUCUGAGAAUGUUGAUCAUGGCAGCCUUGAUCGCAAUAACCACAACGAUUACAGGGAAAUAUUUAUAGAUUGAUUUCAGGGCUGUAUGCUAUUGUAUUUGUUAACCUUUAUUGGUUAAGUGUAAGCUCUUAUUCAGAACCACUGCAUUACAGGCGACAGUUAAGCCUUCUGAACUGACGUCCUCACAUUUCUGCCCAAACUGAGUGAGUCUAAUACAGAGUCUAAUAGUUGUAGUUCUAAUCAGUUUUUCCGAUAAAUAGUAUAAUUCCAUAUUUGUUUCCUACUACACCCCGUCCUGAAUUUACGCUUGAAAAACCCAUUAAAACCGGGCUUGUUUGUGUACCGCAAGGAUUUAUCUGUCAACGAUCUCAUUCGGCCUGUUUGAUAAUACAUUUGGUUGCAUUCACGUGAUUCGUUCAUUCGCCGUGGUACGCCGGCUUCCUGCUUCCAGGCAGGCUGGUUUUUGAGACCUUGCCAGGAAGACACAUUUACUCUCCCUUCGCUGGAAUUCAACUGGUCCUUUUCACAGUUUCACAGAUUAAUUCUGCGCUGGUGCUAAAUUGGGCCCACAAUAAUUCAGCAAUCACAUUAACAUUACAAUCUCUUCUGCUGUUGUUUGGAGAGAAAAAGAAAAGGCAAGGAAAUAGUCCUGCCUGUUUGCUCACUCUUGCUUUUGUUUUUUUAUCUCCUACCUGGCAAGCAGAAAAUCAUUGUUUGCGGGAAUUCAUUUUCUUUCCACUUUUUUUCCUCCCAUGGCUACCUCAAGGUAGUGAAGUGCAUCUCAACUAGGCUGUGUAUCCCGGGCCUCCCUACCUGCUGUUGUCUUAGAUACAGGAGGUGUUAUGCUUUAGGGGAGUUAAGAGGGAGCCUAUCGGUAACAUUUACCUUUAAGGUGAGCCUCUUCAUGUUUAAUCUGCCAAGAAAUGAUUGAACCCUUUUUCUUUUCCACUUCCACAAUGAGCGUUCUGUUUUCAUCGCUCUUUGCGAUUGAGAAAGCAAUGGGACAUGAAUGAGUAAGGAGGAGAGAGGGAACGAGAGAGAGAGGGAGAGUGAGAGGGAGGGAGGGAGGAGGAGGAAGCAAUGACAGCCUUAUCCUUCUUACUCUUCUCUUUCUGUCUCUCUCUCGCCUCCUCCUCCUCAGUCAAUUGAUCUGUCAGUCAGUGUUGGAUCAGUGAGCGGGGCGAAGAGCAGCACAGAUCAAUAGCAGCAGACUAAUUACAUGCAGCCAAUCUGUCUCCCCCCUCUCUCUCUCUCUCUCUCUCUCCUAAUGUUGAAAGCCAUUUUGAUUAGUCCUAUGUUUCACUAUGCUCCCUUCCAUUUGAUCAACUUCUCUGGUUCUUAAAGGUACCAUAAAAAUCCCUCAAACUGUUGCUGCAGUCAAGUGAAUUUAAAUGUGAUAGGGCACUCUGCCUCUGUCUGACUCCCUGUGAAGAAACACUACGAGUGAAAGGUAAUGAGAUACACGCAGAAAAUGAUAAUUGCAUCAAGUCAAACAAACAUUAAUGGGAGAAUAAAACAGAAGCACCAAACCUAAAGAAGUCGAACAGAGAUGCACUGUUGCAAAUCACAUUAAAAUAGUAAAAGGCUUCUGUAGAUAGCAAUUAUAGAUUUAAUUAACUAUUUAAAAGACUAUUCUGUUCCCUGAUGACGGAAAGAUGGAGUCAUCAGCUUCCAUUUGUUCAGUCAGAGUUUUAGGCGAAGUGGUUCUGGAGCCAGGAUUGGCAUUUAAGGCCUCCAUCUGCCCCUAACAGCAUUGUACACACUUAAUCAUUCACACACACACAUGCAUGGAUACUCACAUGCACUCAUAUGCACAUAUACACAGCGACGCACAUUCAUGCACACACACACACACACACACACACUUCAUCAGACUCAUCUCCGAACCCUUCCAAUUCAUGCCAAUUAGCAGAGGUGCCUUUUGGACUCUGUGGUACAGUGGAAAUUAAAAGGGUUGGGGCAAACUGUUACAGCCUGUCUACAAUUAUAAAUAACAGACAAAACCAGAGCUAUUUACCUGUGAACCUAACUCUUACUUGGUAAUUACAGAGCAGACACACACUGGUUAAUUACUUAAUUGGCUCUGGCCUACCAAACACACCCACAAAUGCACACACAUGAACACACACACACACACAGCGCAUCCUUACAAACUCAUCCAUCGCUUCGCUCUCUCCUCGGAGCUAUAGAGAGAGAUCUAUCAGAGGGAGGAGGAGCUCUCUGAGCUCGCUCCGAGUCGAGCGAGAGGAUCGAGAGAUCUCUAGCGAGCGCAGUCUAGAGAUAGUAGCCUCUCUCUCUAUCUCUCUCUAUCGCUAUAUCUAUCUCUAGUCUCUCUCUCUCUCUCUCUCUCUCUCUCUCUCUUCUCUCUCUCUCUCUCUCUCUCUCUCGUCUCACUCUCCCUUUCUCUCUAUCCUGGCAACAUUCAUUCACAAUGGCAUAUGGUGACUAUUUGUGAUGCAAAAGCUGUUACCAUUCUCUUUUCCAGGUCUCUGCUAUCCUAACUGAUCCUCUAGGAGAAAAUACACCCCUCUUUUUCCUUGUUCUCUCUCAUGUUCAAGCCCUUUGAUGGUUCCCAAUGAAUGUGGAAUGCAUCACUUUGCUUCUUUGAAUUCCACACUGGUUCAAAGCCACUUUGCCAUUGUAUCACCAGGCAAGAAUAGCAGUGACCGUGUGAUGAUGACUUAAAUUAGAUCAUCACCUGAAAGCAGGUUCACGGGAGAGCAACAUAUAAAGAUGUGAUGGAAAAUUCUGUUUACGGUUAGUCUCUUUUAAGAUAGCGGCCCGGUCUGUGUGAUGGGAUGGAUAGAGAAACAUGUGGACUGUGGUUAGAGGGAAACUUCAAAGAUGACCAUGUUUGAUGAGAGGCUGUUGAUAAGGAUGAGAAGGGAAAGGCAUGAAGUCUUGAGAAUGCAUCACUACUGGUCAUGCCCCCUUCCUUGUAGAGCUUUAUAGACUACAUUCAGGACACUCAUUCCAAUUCAAUCUGAUUCAACCUGUACUCACUGUUCUUCUCUGUUUAUGAAGGCAACACUGGUUUGAAUCACCGGAAUGUGGGAGACUCAUAGUGUUCUUUGAACUGUGUGUGUGUGUGUGUGUGUGUGUGUGUGUGUGUGUGUGUGUGUGUGUGUGUGUGUGUGUGUGUGUGUGUGUGUGUGCGUGUGCGUGUGCGUGUGCGUGUAUGCAUGCCCCUGGAUUCAUGCAUGUGUGUGUGUUCGUUCCACUAAUUCUAACUCUGUUGUAAUGUGUCCUCCCAUCCAGACGGGGCUCCAGCGGUGGUGGGAGCAGGAGAUCCCCGUGGAUGGAACCAUCACCAAGGGAGAGCUGAUCACACACAACCUGACAGAGCUCAUCAAGCCUGCAGCCUACGAGGUGCGCCUCACCCCCAUCACACGCUUCGGAGAGGGGGACUCCACCAUCAGGAUCAUCACCUACAGUGGUGAGUAAACCACUGGAUCGGUCUCUGUAUGUUUCGGGUUGCAAAUUCCGGUAAUUUUCCCCUAAUUCCCAGGAUUUACAGAUAUCCUGGUUGGAGAAUUCUGGAUAUUCUGCUAAUUCCUUCUGAUUCCAGGAAUAUUCCUAGACAUUUUGGGAAAGAUACUAGAAUUUGGUCGAUUUGAUUGGGAAUGUAACAACACCAAGCAGGCGUAUAUUGUAUGAUGAUUAAGCUAAAAAUAUGAAAAUGAGGACAAGAAAUAUUCAAUGUGAAGUGUGAAUGAAGUCAGUGGUCUCCUACUGUGGUCCUGAACUACUGCUACAGCUACAGGGUAACAUCCUUCAUUAGGUAUGUGUGUCAUCCUGUGAUGAUCCUGUGAUGAUGUAGUCAUGACAACUAGACCUCUGAACACAGCGUAACAGUAAGAGGUUGUUAACAACAGGAAGACGAGGCAGGUUGCUAACAGACAGAGAGGUCAGUUGUCAGGGCAGAUAGUCACUGAUUAAGAUAUUGACUAGAUCAUCCAGUGCCCUGAUAGAUAAUAAAGUGCAUACUUAUUGAUCUGACAAAAUCCAUUAGAUUGUUGACAGCAAGUGAAGCUAUCGUAGCUGGCUAGGCUAUCUAUACUAGCUAACCCCAAAUUAAAAUAAAAUGUUGACAGUGAGCUACAGGAGCUAGCUUGGCUAGCAUGCCAACCCAGAGAGCCAAAAACACAUACAGUGCCUUUAGAAAGUAUUCACUCCCCUUGACUUUUUCCACAGUUUGUUGUGUUAAAAUGGGAUUCAAAUGGAUUUAGAUGUCAUUUUUGGUCAAUGAUCUUCACAAAAUACUCUGUAAUGUCAAAGUGGUAAAACAAUUCUAACAUUUUUUUUUAAUAAAAUGAAGUAUAAAACACUAAUAUAUCUAUAAGUAUUCAUCCCCCUGAGUCAAUACAUAUUAGAAACACAUUUGGCAGAUAGUCUUUUUGGGUAAGUCUUUGCACACCUCGAUUGUACAAUAUUUGCCCAUUAUUCUUUUUUAAAUUCUUCAAUCUGUCAAGUUGGUUGUUGAUCAUUGCUAGAAAGCCAUUUUCAAGUCUUGCCAUAGAUUUUGAAGACAAUUUAAGUCAAAACUGUAACUAGGCCACUCAGGAACAUUCAAUGUCAUCUUGGUAAGCAAUUCCAGUCUAGAUUUGGCCUUGUGUUAUAGGUUAUUUUCCUGCUGAAAGGUGAAUUUUUCUCCCAGUGUCUAUUGGAAAGCAGACUGAACCAGGUUUUCCUCUAGGAUUUUGCCUAUGCUUAGUUGUAUUCUGUUUCUAUUUAUCCAACAAACAAAAAAACUCCAUAGUCCUUGCCGAUGACAAGCAUACCCAUAACAUGAUGCAGCCACUGCCAUGCUUGAAAAUUUGAAGAGUGGUACUCAGUGAUGUGUUGUGUUGGAUUUGCCACAAACAUAACGAUUUGUAUUCAGGACAAAAAGUUAAUUUCUUAAGUGCCUUGUUGCAAACAGGAUGCAUGUUUUGGAAUAUUUUUAUUCUGUACAUGCUUUCUUCUUUUCACUCUGUCAUUUAGGGUCGUAUUGUGGAGUAACUACAAUAUUGUUGAUCCUUCCUCAGUUUUCUCAUAUCACAACUAUUAAACUCUGUAAAUGUUUUAAAAUCACCAUUGGCCUCAUGGUGAAAUCCCUGAGCAGUUUCUUUCCUUUCCGGCAACUGAGUUAGGAAGGAUGCCUGUAUCUUUGUAGUGACUGGGUGUAUUGAUACACCAUCCAAAGCCUAAUUAAUAACUUCACCAUGCUCAAAGGGAGAUUCAGUGUCUGCCUUUUUCAUUUUUACACAUCUACGCUAUAUAUACAGAAAUAUGUGGACACCCUUUAAAAUGAGUUAAUUCUGUUGCUGACAGGUGUAUAACAUCGAGCACACAACCAUGCAAUCUCCAUAAACAAACAUUGGCAGUAGAAUGGCCUUACUGCAGUGACUUUCAACGUGGCACCGUCAUAGGAUGCCACCUAUCCAACAAGUCCGUUUGUCAAAUUUCUGCCCUGCUAGAGCUGCCCCGGUCAACUGUAUGUGCUGUUAUAGUGAAGUGGAAACUUCUAGGAGCAACAACGGCUCAGCCGUGACGUGGUAGGCCACACAAGCUCACAAAACGGGACCGCCGAGUGCUGAAGCGCGUAAAAAUCAUCUGUCCUCGGUUGUAACACUCACUACCGAGUUCCAAACUGCCUAUGGAAGCAAUGUCAUCACAAUAACUGUUCUUCAUGAAAUGGGUUUCCAUGGCCGAGCUGCCGCACACAAGCCUAAGAUCACCAUGCGCAAUGCCAAGUGUCGGCUGGAGUGGUGUAAGGCUCUCUGCCAUUGGACUCUGGAGCAGUGGAAACGUGUUCUCUGGAGUGAUGAAUCACGCUUCACCAUCUGGCAGUUCGACAGACAAAUCUGGGUUUGGCGGAUGCCAGGAGAACGCUACCUGCCUGAAUGCAAAGUGCCAAGUGUAAGUUGGUGGAGGAGGAAUCAAGGUCUGGGGCUGUUUUUCAUGGUUUGGGCUAGGCCCCUUAGUUCCAGUGAAGGGAAAUCUUAAUGCUACAGCAUACAAUUACAUUGUAGAUGAUUCUGUGCUUCCAACUUUGUGGCAACAGUUUGGGGAAGGCCCUUUCCUGUUUCAACAUGACAAUGCCUCCGUGCACAAAGCGAGGUCCAUACAGAAAUGGUUUGUCGAGAUCUGUGUGGAAGAACUUGACUGGCCUGCACAGAGCCCUGACCUCAACCCCAUCGAACACCUUUGGGAUGAAUUGGAACGACGACUGCGAGCCAGCCCUAAUCGCCCAACAUCAGUGCCCGACCUCACUAAUUGUCUAAGUGGCUGAUUGGAAGCAUGUCCCCGCAGCAGUGUUCCAACAUCUAGUGGAAAGCCUUCCCAGAAGAGUGGAGGCUGUUAUAGCACAAAGGGGGGACCAACUCCAUAUUAAUGCCCAUGAUUCUGAAUGAGAUGUUCGACAAGCAGGUGUCCACAUACUUUUGGUCACUUAGUGUACCAAUCGGUGCCCUUCUUUGCGGGUCUUUGAAAAACCUCCCUGGACUUUGUGGUUGAAUAUGUGCUUGAAAUUCACUACUUAAUUGAGGGAUCUUACAGAUAAUUGUAUGUGUGGGGUACAGAGAUGGGGAAGUCAUUCAACAAUCAUGUUAACCACUAUUAUUGUACACAGAAAGAGUCCAUGCAACUUGUUAUGUGAUUUGUUAAAGGGUUGAAUAUUUAUUGAUUUCAGCUUUUCAUUUUUAAUUAAUUUGUAAACAUUUCUAAAAACAUAAUUCCACUUUGACAUUAUGGGGUAUUGUGUGUAGAUCAGUGACACAAAAUCUCAAUUUAAUCAAUUUUAAAGUCAGGCUGUAACACAACAAAAUGUGGAAAAUGUUAAGGGGUGUGAAUACUUUCUGAUGUUUGUUAGCAAAGCUAGUUAAGCUAUAGGACCUGUGAUUGAGAAGCACUCUGACACUGACUUUUCUGCUAGCUUGUCACAUACCGUCUGCCUGCCUGCGAUGCUGUGUUCUACAACCUGAGAUGAUCUGCUGCCUGACUGCUGAAGUUUUGAAUGAUUCCAUUUUACUGCAGCUCAUCAGAGCUGUGAGAGGCUGUUGCUGCAGCUCUGA